CAAUAAUGGCCGCUAUGCGCAGACUGGGAGUCAUAUUUAGGAGUUUGUCGCUGUCGUCCGCUCCAUCCAACGCUUCUUUGCCGUCUCCGGUAAGGGAUAAGCGAUGUGCACGCGGAGGAAUAGCCGUCGCUGUAGGCGUUGCCGCAGGGGGAGCGAUUGCAUAUUAUUAUUAUAAAGAAACGAACAGAUCUAAAGUGAGGAAAACCCAUAGGAACCUUACUGGCUGUCGAGCUCUGCUGCCUUCACUGCCUGCUGUAUACGCAAGGGAGAAGGCUCAUGCUUUUGAUUUUGAUGAAGGUGAUGUCUACAUGUCAUCUCAUGAACAUCGCUUCCGUCUCUUCAGCUCAGUGGAGUAUGAGGGACAGCUGUACAUGACUCCUCAGAACUUUAUUGAGUCGGUCACUAUGAGCGAGCCUCGCCACAAGAAACCCUGGAGGUCACUCACUAAACAGGAGCUGGAAAAGAUCUUGUCUGACACUCCACCUGUGUGGAAAGGGUCGUCCAAGCUGUUCCGAAACCUUCGUGAACGAGGCAUCAUCGCUUACACGGAGUAUCUCUUUCUGCUGUGCAUUCUGACAAAGCCUCAUGCAGGCUUUAAGAUCGCCUUCAACAUGUUUGAUGCAGACGACAACCAGAUGGUAGAUAAGCGCGAGUUUCAUGUGCUGCAAGAAAUCUUCCGAAAGAAAAAUGAGAAGAGAAGCAGGAAAGGAAAUGCAGAGAAAUCUGCUCAGCUGAGUAUGCAGCUCUAUGGAUAUCAGGUUGCGCCCGUAAACAGCGUGCUAAAAAAAGAGACUCAGGAGUUUGUGCCCAGGAGCUACUGGGACAUGCUGAGACGCGGCGCGAGCCAAGCCCUCUUUUCUGACCUAGCAGAGCGUGGCGAUGAGAAUAUGAUGGUUGACACCACACUGCUCGUGCACUUCUUUGGCAAGAAGGGAAAGGCGGAGCUAACGUUUGAUGACUUUUACAGAUUCAUGGAUAAUAUUCAGACCGAGAUGUUAGAGAUCGAGUUCCUGACUUAUUCCAAAGGCAUGACUACCAUCAGUGAGGAGGACUUCGCCCGAAUCUUGCUCCGAUACACCAACGUGGAGGACAUCCGCAGCUAUCUGGAGAACGUGCGUCAGUGCAUACCUGAUGAAAAGGGGAUCACCUUUGAGGAGUUCAGAUCCUUCUUUCAGUUCCUUAAUAACCUAGAGGAUUUCGCCAUUGCCAUGCAGAUGUACAACUUUGCUUGUCGUUCCAUUGGACAAGACGAGUUUGCUCGGGCAGUGUAUGUGGCCACAGGCCUGAAACUGACUCGUCACUUGGUCAACACCAUUUUCAAGAUUUUUGACGUGGAUCAUGAUGAUCAGCUAAGUUACAAGGAGUUUGUUGGCAUCAUGAAGGACCGGUUGAAUCGUGGAGGCAGGAACUAUAAGACUGUAGAGCGUUUCACUUCCUUUAGGUCAUGUCUAAAAAAGGAACUGGCUGGCAGCAGGUGAAUGAAAGAUGUGGCUUUUCCUUCCCAGAAAGAAACGUUUCAAGGUUUCUUGAAAAGGUCUUGAAAUGUGGGGAGAUUGUGUUCCUGAAAUCAGCCCUCUGCACUGCAUGUUCUAGUACUGGAAAAGCUCUGCAUGUUUGAUCUCUUUCUACUUUAGUUCUUCUAUAAUCUUAUAUUCUUGUUAGCAUGCAACCUGUAGGGGAUGAUAUCUCUGCCUUAUGAAUCUGCCUACAAGAUUUGACUAUGCUUUAGUUGCACAUAUUUGCACUGACAAUGAAAGAGAUCAUAUUUAUGAUUUUUUAUGAAGACCUAUUUAGCAGUAUGGGUUCAUGAUGUUUUCAUAUUUUUUCCCUAAAUAUAUGCAUUAUGAUUAUUUAUGCAUUUAAUCUUAAUUUUUUUUAUGUUUUUUUAAUAUUACGAAUUGUACUGUGUAAAAGGAACAAAUUUAAUUGUGUUUGGAAGAGGGCUACCUGUAAUGUAAUAUUUUAGCUAAUGUUACAUGAUGAGAAUUGCCUUAAUCUAUUAUUUUUUCUCUUACAAAUGAUUUAAUGUGGUUUGAUUAUGAAAUUUCUUGACCGCACAAAGAUUGUACAAGUUUGUCUACCAAUUGUCGUACAACGUCAUCCAAAGCAAUUAACAGUUUAAAUUUAUAAUUAUGAUUUAAAGAAUAAAUAUAUAGCGGCGGUUUCGGGGACAGGGAUUUGACUAGUCCUAGAAUAAAAUAAAUGUAAGAGCCGUCCAAACUGAAAACAACUUGCCUUUGUGUUGUCUCAAAAUGCACACAAGUAAUGUUUUUAGAAAGGCAUGUUUGUUAAAACUACUUACAUUUCCUAAUUAAACUAAGGCCUAGUCCUGGUUUAAAAUAAUCCCUGUCCGGGAAACCGCCCCUUGAGGCGUUCAGUAUGUAUGCCUAUAAAUGCAAACAUGGGAGUUUAACAUCCGCUGCGUCUGAUAUUGCAUACUAUGACAUUACGUACUGAUUUAAAAUAAGUACCUAAACCGACUGUUAUAACAGUACAUUCUAUAUAGUAUGUGGGUGGGUAGUAUAGAUUUUGGACAUACUGCAUCCUCCAUGUUUUAUUGUCAUGUGACCCGUAUGCUCUUCGACCAAUGAUGUAUUAAAAUCAACCUGUACCAUA